UCCAAAGCUUUAGGUCUUAAUACAAUCCAAAUUUCACAACCAAGAGCUGAAAUUCCUCAUCUGAGAGAGAGAGCGUUUGCAGGGUAACAAUGUCGUUCAGAGGAGUGAAGGUUCCACCAAAUUCUGCAACCCUACAGGAGGCUAAAGGCCGUGUCUUAGAUUUCUUCAGGGAAGCUUGUCGAUCGAUCCCAACAAUUAUGGACAUCUACUAUCUUGACGACGUUGCCACGAAAGCGCAGCUACGUUCAACAGUUUCCUCUGAAAUCCGAAAAAAUGCCCACGUCAAAGAUCCUAAGGUGAUUGACAUGCUUCUUUUCAAGGCAAUGGAGGAUCUAGGAAACAUCGUACAGCAUGCAAAGCAGCGACACCACAUCAUAGGGAAGUAUGUGAUAGGGCAUGAAGGACUGAUACAGGACCGUAGCAGCAAGGACCCAGGAAGUUCCGACUUCCUUAAAAAAUUCUACACCAGCAAUUAUUUCUGAGCCAUAGUAUAGUUCAUUUUGAUUGGCGGCUGUGUAUGUCACUGGGUCUUGAUCUUGGAUCAGACAACAUUCAGAAAUAAGGAGUUGAAACUGGCUCUACUUGUGUUUGUAACUUCUGUUUUUGUGAAUUAAGAUCAAUUUAGUAUUGUUUCUUUUAA